AUUACUUAAAAACAUCAGAUUGUAACAAAGAAACCCUCUCUUCUCAGUAUCUUCGCCGCCGCCGGUAAUAGUAGCAGAGAUGGCCACCGUCGGAUCCAAAGCGCCGCCGCAAUCUUUGUCUUUCUCCUUCUCCGUAUCCCAACCCCUGAAAACCCUAACCCCAAAAUCUCAAUCCCUCCGAUUUUCACGUCGCAAGCACAGUCCUUUGCGUUUGUCGAUCAAUGCAUCCGUAUCGGCGCCACCGCCCGCCGCGGCUGCAACCGCGACAUCAUCGGACUACAGAGUUGAGAUUCUGUCGGAAUCGCUUCCCUUUAUCCAGAAAUUCCGCGGGAAGACCAUUGUUGUCAAGUACGGCGGAGCGGCCAUGACUUCGCCGGAGCUCAAAGACUCCGUCGUCAGGGACCUCGUUCUCCUCGCAUGCGUGGGUCUUCGUCCGAUUCUCGUCCAUGGUGGUGGCCCCGAUAUCAACCGCUACCUGAAACAGCUCAACAUUCCGGCUGAGUUCCGCGACGGACUCCGUGUCACCGACGCAGCGACAAUGGAGAUUGUCUCCAUGGUUCUUGUCGGGAAGGUCAAUAAGAACCUUGUCUCGCUCAUCAAUGCCGCCGGAGCUACUGCGGUGGGGCUGUCGGGACACGACGGCCGUCUUCUCACCGCUCGCCCUGUCCCCAACUCGGCUCAGUUGGGUUUUGUCGGGGAGGUUUCUCGAGUGGACCCGUCAGUGCUUCGUCCUCUAGUUGAUUACGGCCACAUUCCGGUGAUUGCGUCCGUCGCCGCCGACGAAUUCGGCCAGGCAUACAACAUCAAUGCCGACACAGUGGCCGGAGAACUCGCGGCGGCUCUCGGGGCGGAGAAGCUGAUACUGCUGACUGACGUCGCCGGAAUUCUGGAGAACAAGGACGACCCGAGCAGCUUGGUGAAAGAGAUUGACAUAAAAGGAGUGAAGAAGAUGAUUGAGGAUGGGAAAGUUGCAGGAGGGAUGAUUCCAAAGGUAAGGUGUUGCAUGAGGUCUCUUGCUCAGGGGGUGAGAACUGCGAGUAUCAUUGAUGGACGUAGACAACAUUCGUUGCUUCAUGAGAUUAUGUCUGAUGAAGGAGCUGGUACUAUGAUUACUGGGUAGUGUAUGAUCACCUUUACCAAUCAAGUUCAGGGUUACCAAUAAACUUGCAGCUGUCUUCCUGUUGUUCUUAAAAGACUGAGAGUUAUGGUGGUUAGAGACCAUAAGCUAAUCCAUAUGCAUGGUGUUUUGGUACAUGAUUUCACUUGGGUUUAGCUCUCUUCCUUAACCUUAAAUGUUUUCGAAAAUC